AUGUAUAGUCAUGACAGAGUAGCUGCAACCUAUGCUGCACACAUCUCAGAUGAAUACUUCGAUGGAAAUGAGCAGCCCAGGCUAUGCUCCCGAGCCUUCCCUAUAGCCGACCUCGAGUCCAGCCGAAUCGACGCCGCAACAAAUUCGACGAGCGACUAUAGCCACGCACGCUUUGCCGUCGCUCCAUCAGAUCUCGCUGAUGACGCAUACAAUACCUACCUACAACCUUUGGAUAAGACAGUCGCUUGUAUCUCAUCUGCUACAGAGCAGGGCCUAAGCGUGGCAGAGACAUCCAGCAUCUCGCCUUGGUCAACAUGGAAUCUGGCUAGUUCUGGAACAUCAUCCCUGGAUUUUCAAUAUGGUUCUGCCUUUACUAGCAUAGCACCAGACAUGGGGAACGAUUGCCCCUGGUCUGGAAUAUGUAGUGAUCGUCACGAAGAGGUAUAUGGAUUUUCGUAUGAGUUGGACAUCCCUACAUUCAUAGCACAGAUUGCUCCAUCUACAACAACAACAUACACUGCAAUACCAUAUCCGCCUUCAGAGAGCCCAACAGACGCUCCGUUCGACUGGGGCAAGGGAGGGAGCACUUACUAUCGUGACGAUUCCAAGGAGCUGCUUCCAUGCUCAUUAUCACCAAGCGAGAAUUUCGAGCUAUUCGAGUUCUACUCUACACCACAAUUUCACCAUGUAAAACAUGAUCAGAUUUUCAGAGACGAAACAGAGCUCGAGACACAGAGACACCCCACUCAUUUGGCUCAUCAUUUCGGAGAGCAUUUGCAUGCCAGUAUGGAAUUCAACCAGAGAGAUGAAGCCUCAAAACGUAUCAAAACACAACAACGCCAUUCCGGCACCGAAAUUCUGCCUAUAGAUACCAUGGGUGAAGACUCUAUUCAAGAUAUGUCUUGGAGGUGCGAUGCGGUCUUAAAAAGAUCUAGUCAUUUGAAAUCAAGUGAUUCGCUUCUUGCAGAGAUAGGCGAGAUACCUACUCCAGAAUCUAACACAUGUUCCUUUGCCACACCCACUACGGCUCACUCGAAAGCUUCUUCCUCUCAUUUACGCAAGAGGAAACUACACGACUGUCCAGUGCCAACGUGCACUAAACAGUUCACUGUGAAUUACGACCUCUGUAGGCAUCUCAAGACGAUACAUAUGGAACCAGAAGAGGGGGGAUACAUGUGCGCUUUUGAAGGCUGCCCCAAGGCUGAUAAGAUAUGGACGCGCCUUGACAGCUUUAGAAAGCAUGUAAAACGCCACAGUGGCGUUCAUGUUAACGACCUUGUUCUACAGUCCAGCAGAUCACGCCCCAGUACAGAUGCGAAAUUCCCGUUUUCUGUAACAACUCCGGAGAUCAUGGUUCAAAGGGGGCUAACGAAAACGAACGUCAGAUCACAAGACAAUGGCAGGGAUCCUUAA